CCAGCAGCCAGAACAAGCCACCAUCUCCCCUGGGCUUUCACAGUAGCCUCCUGACUGGUCUUGUUGCUUCGACACUUACACUUCCUGUUCUCUGCAAGGCAGCCAGAGUGACCUUUCACUAAUCCUUGUAUGACCUCUGAAAAUAUGACCUGAAGCAGAUGGAUGCACUCACAUAAGAAACAUCACCUGUGGCCUUCAUUGAAAAUGGGCCUGCUGCUCAAAGAAGUUGGGCUCUUGGAGUUCUCUAGCACAGGGGCCAUGAAAAUCAAUGACUUCCUUGUUUGCUGAUGGAGCAGAGGUAGAAUCUCUUGGUGUUUCCACAGAGAAAACACUGACCAUGAAGAGCCAAGAAAGAUGACAUGAUGAAGCCAUCAGGGGAAGCACCAAACAUCCUCAACUCUGCUCACCCAUGGUUUUCUCCCACCCUCCCAGAGCUCCUCCUGCAAUAUCAGAUAGAUGGGAGAGAAGGAUGGCAGUGAAGCGGUAAUGAGAAGUGGGACCAGGAAUCCAGGUGUCAGGGAAGGAAGACACGAAGCAGGCAACAAGAGAAGAUCUAGAAAGAAGGAGACUCUGAGAGCCAUUGUAAAGGAAGAUGUAGCCAGUUUUGGUAACAGGUUGUGUGUUAUUCUGCUUGAGCUGUGAUUAUGGUUUGGCUGUGUCCCCACCCAAAUCUCAUCUUGAAUUCCCAGUGUGGGAGGGACCUGGUUGGGGGUGACUGAAUUGUGGGGGCAGGUCUUUCCCUUGCUGUUCUUGUGAUAGUGAAUAAUUCUCAUGAGAUCUGAUGGUUUUAAAAAGGGGAGUUUCCUUGAACAAGCCCUCUUUCCUUUUCUGCCACCAUGUGAGACGUGCUUUUCACCUGCGAUGAUUGUGAGGCCUUCCCAGCCACGUGGAACUGUUGUGAGAAAUGGAGCACGAGCACCACACUUGAGGAGAGAGGCCACGAAGAGGACCCUCAAUCCUGGAUGGACAGAAGGAAGAGGAGGGAAUAAAAACAAAGAUCUCCCAACGGCAUCACUCUACUGCUGGGGGCAGACCCUGGGACGAAUUGCUCUGCCACCUGAGAUCGCUGAACAGAGUCCCCAUCAUCCGGGAGAGCAGCCAGCCAGUGAUGGGCCCCCGACAUGAAACUGGCACUCAGAAUGAAGAAUGCCUUUUCCAGCCUCUCUCGCUGGUGGAGUCUCCGUGUUCCAGCCAAUGAAGGACCACUUCACACACCCCUUUUUCGCCUCCAGAGUAGAUGGAACCGUGGAACGAGGGAAUCCUGCCCUCUGGUUGUGUCUGUCAUCUCCUACUGGGACCAGAGCCACAAAAGCCACAGAAGACCCAACUCUCUCCAGCAUGCAGGCAUCCCAACUAGAGGAAGCAAGGAGGCAGAGACCAAGAGGACAUCAAGAGGCGUUUGAACCCGCAGAGAGGGCCUGGCAGCACAAUGCUGAGCGGCACUCUGGGGACUUCUGUGUCCUUCCCAGUGUGAAGUGCAGGAGUGAGCAGUCAAAAGGCCCUUAUGUUUUUACUGAAUUGAAACACCUAGAAUGUGUGAAGAUACCAGGAAGGAGGCCAGAGCUUCAGGAAACCGCUGCAAAGAUGAUCUCACAAAGAAACCAUUGUGGCAGGGCUCCUGGAGCACUGAAGUUGAUGUGACGUGUCCUACUCCUGAGAGCACGCAACCCUGCUGGCUCCUUGGGCUUGCAUGGCUCAGGGAAAGGAAAAUAGCCCAGGUGUUUGGAAGAGAAGUAUGUGUGGAUGGAAUUAUUCAAAUGCUGAUGGAUGGAUUGGGUCUCCUCUCCUGCUGGCCCGGCAGCCUCUGCGUGGAAGGCUUUGCCCAGGAGAUGGGUCACAACAGCUCUGGUGAGAUGCUGGAAACAUAAGCCCAGGCAGAUAUAAUGGCAGUGAGUCACAGUAAACCAACAACCGUCAGGUGCUCAGGAGGGAAGCUGAAGCCAGGGGACUCGCUGUGCUGAGCUAAGCGAGGAGCAGGACUCUCCCGUUGUGCAAAACACAAAGAGCAGAGUGUUCAAGUCCAAGGAUCAGGUUCCUCCAAAUGGAAGCCCAAGCUGUGCACGCUGAGCUCCAGGGCUGGCGAUACAAUCACCUGCCUCUGCCCAUGCAGGAAGGUACCACUCAAACAUACCCAUUUCUCCCGGGGCAUGGGCAGGGGCCAGGGGAGACAGGGCCCUACCACUUCCCAUGUAAAACCGGGUGAGCAGCCCAGCGCCCGUCAGAGCCGAAGCACCUCACCUGCACCCCCGCCCCCGCCCAGCCUUGUAAUCUGGGCUCUGCUCGCCAUGUGCUCUGUGCUAGUGAAACUGCCCUCAGAGCAGAAAUAAACUGUUGGCUCUCAAGUUUUUCCAGACUAACCGGACUGGCCAAUGCCUGAGGCUCUGUGUUCAAGAUAAAAGUGCCUAAGAAAGAAAAGUGCAGGUAGGCAGUCCCCACUUCUCCAGGGCUGGUGGGCUCUGAGGAUCCUGUCUCAGCCUGCUGAACAGCCCAGAGUGGCUUUAAAAAAAAAAAAAAAAAGCCUGAACAACCUUUUUUUGCACAUGGGUCACAGUCAAGCUUCUUAAACUUGGAUGACAGUAAACCUAUGACUAACUGGAUAAUUAAAGCCACAAGUCUGGAGGCCUGGGCAGGGCUCUGCUCUGGAAUCUCCGGUGGCCUGUUCCAUAGGCCAGCGUCCCUUGUCCUUCCCAUAGCAGAAAUGCUUUCGUGAGUUGGAAACCCUCUGUGGUGACCUCUACAUCUUCUCAAGGUCAGUUAUCCACUUGUCCAUGGCUUCGUGCCCCCAUCCCACAUCCCUGUCCACUGCAUGGAAGGAGGAAAUCUAACCCACCCGCCACAGUGCAGCCCACACUCCCCACCCUGCCCCGACAGGAACAUGACAGAAGGUUUCCAACUAAAACCAAAGUUACUCAGCAAAGCUUCCUGCCAGGCAGCCGUGCUGGAGGGCGCAGCGUGCCUCUGUCUGCUCUUUCUGUUCUAUGAAACUUCUCUGCUGCAAGCACUUGAGAGCCUCUUGGCUUCCUGGGGAGAGUGGACUGAACUUCAAAGCAGACACAGCUGCAGCUAAGAAGCCCCUGGGUUGCUUCAAAGACUCUGUCUCCUCCCAGUCUGAAGCUUCUGGUGAAUGUUUCUCCCUCAUUUCUGAAACAACAGAUAGAGCUGUUGAAGUUUACAACGUCCCCCAAGGCAUUUCUGUGUUUCUGCCUUUAAUCUAGGGCCCAAGUGACCACCCACAAGAAUGCCCCGAACCCUGACUGCCUCAGGAUGCGUCCUGCAAUUUACAUUCCCGCGGUGCCUCUGCCUUCACCCCACGCUGGUGCCCCCGCCUCCACUCCAGCCGUCUCUCUGGCCACCCCUGCCCCCUCGCUUCUCUCCAUCAUGCCAAAAAGUGCCCUUGUCCUCUGACGGUGGAAGAGGGGAUUCAGUUAGGAGUCGGGAUGGCCUAUGUGAUUUUUGUACACUAUUCCAGAAUAGGUGUGUGGUUGCUUUAAAAAUAAAAAGAAAUGUGUCUUCCAAA